GAAACAUUCGAAGAAAAUUAGAGAACGAAAGUCAUAAGCAUAUCCAUCCGAUGUUCACCACGACCUUUGCGAAGGAGUAGCUUACAAGCUGAUAACAAGUAAGAAAAUGUCUGAGGUUGACAGAGAUGCUGCCACAAAGGAAGAUGAGGAUAUUAUCAACAGCACAGUGGACAGAGAGGGUAUCACUGUGGAUGCUGAAUUCUCCAAUCAUGAUUUAAUUGAAAGGGAGAAGGAAACUGUGUCUAGUCCACCAAGAAUAAUAUUCUGUGUCACUGAAAUUGCAACAAACAACACUUCGCUGCUUAAAGGAAUACCUAAAGAACCCAUAUUGCAGUCCUCUGACCAGCAUGUAUUGUUUGGGCGUGGCCAUUCAGCGGGGGUGUUUUUGAAUGAUGACAUCGCUUCAAGAGAACACAUGAAGCUUUCACUUCAAACAAACCCUUACACAGGUGAAAGUAAUUUUUGUGUGGAAACCGUCAGUGAAACAAAGCCAGUUAUUAUAAAUGGAACACCAUUGUUCAAGCAAGAUGGCAUUAAAUUUCUGAAAACCAAUGACAAACUUGGUAUUGGUAAGCUGGUAUUCAUCCUUCAAAUUGUGCCUGGAGAUUCACUUGAGUUUUAUGAAGUUGAAUUUAUGACAAGCACUUCACUUCCUCAUCAAUAUUAUAAGCAACAGACAAACAAUCCCAUGCCUUAUGCACCACCAAUGGGUGCAUUUAAUUCCAGGCCAAACAUCAUGGCCAACCAGAUUGGUGCUGUUUUUCUACAAAAUAACUUGGGAACACCUGUAGGGAAUCCAACACUUAAUAUGAACGUUAUGACUGAUGGAGGAGGAUUCCCACAAUUUGGCACUAUGGUAUCUCCUCAGCAGCAACAGCCUUUCCAACAGCAACCUAUUGGAUAUUCACUGAUUCCAAAUAAAAUUGGAAUGAGCCAGCACCCUCUUCAACAGCAGGCAGCAAACAUUAACUUUCAUUAUCAGUUACCAGACUCAACAUAUCCCACAACACAAAGCUUCCUCUUGCCUCAUCAGAUACCAUCCCCAAGUGGAAGACAAGUGCACCAAAAUAGCAACAAACACCCGACUGAGCACAGUGACAAGUUCAAGGAAAAUGGCCACAGCAGUACUUCCCUUGUUCCAAUACAAGAGACCAUUCAUUCAAAAGAUUAUGUUAAGUAACUUUAGAGUGACUAUAUAUAUACAUGUAGUGAAUUCAUUUAUGAAUUGCAAAAAAGCUACUAAUGCUUGGUAAAGACUGGAGCACGCUUAGUGAAUUCUAGCCUUCUGAUUCUCUUAGUCGGCAUGACGUCUAAAACCCCGUGCCCUUCAUAGCAACGUGUCCGCCAUUUUGACAAAAGGGAAAACAAAAACCACAUCGAAGGUGAAUUUUCACUGUUGGAACAUAAAUCUCAUCGUAAAACAUGGUUCCUCCUGGUGUUUAUUCUAAUUCGGCUUUUCAAUCGUUGUGUAUACAAAUUAUAUUAAAAUGUCAUUCCAGUAUUCAGAGAAUUUAACAGCUGUAGCAUUCGCACGAUAGAAGAAAAAAUUAGAAGUAAUUGGACUUGACUCUCGUCCUUACAAAUACCCAGCUGAUUCGUGGAUAAAUAAUCCAUCAGAGUGGCCUGAAGUUGAAUAUCCAGAUAUUUACACUUAUUUAGUGAAUUGUCCAGAUAUGAAAUUUGAUGGGUCAGUCGUAGCUGCACACUGUGAUUGUAUGGCAGGGUAAGUAUUAUCUUUGUUUUCACAAAUAGAUUUUUGAAAUAAAGCUUUAUCCUACACAAAAUCA